GGAACACGUAUGCGAGCCUCUCGCAGUAGUUUCGAGUUCACUCACAUUUAGUGGCGACACAACCUGUCGCGAAGUCAUAGCGUGAUCAAUACACCUCUUUAAUUAAAAUGCACCCGGUGAUUUGUCGGUAAUUAUAUUUAAGUGGAUAACACCUGUGUAACAUCAACAAUAUGCCGUACAUCAUGGUAAUGGGCAGCCUUAGCGCGCCUCAUCUCUCGAAGGAUGAAGGUGCAACAGUUUACGGACUCAAAAGCGAGGAACGUGUGCUCUUAGUGCGGGAAUUGAACUCCGCUUUUGGUAUGUCGAUAGCAACAUCUUCGGACCAAGAGAGGACAGUGCGUGUGACGCAAAAAGGUUUAACGCUUUUCGUUGUGAACCGCCUCCACGGGUUGCUCGGUUACGACGUGGUGUCUCACGCGAUGGCGAUGACAAACGCCAACCGCGAGCUGGUCUCCUUCACUCUAUACAAGAAGAGUAGCCCCCAUACGCACAGUCAUAGCCACGGGCACACACACUCUAGCUCGCAUAAGAGCCAUUCACAUAGCAGCGUGGUUACGCUUUGAGCAGUGUUUAUUCGUAAAUAAUAUAAAUCGAUUUUAUCCAUGUUCAUAAUGUCCAUAUUCCCGAUUAUAACAUAACAUUUGUCAUGGUGUUGUAUUCUUUUGGUUUCCGCCAGUUUUAGACACCUACGAUUGUGGACAUUAAUAUUUAAAAAAAAAAUAUCAAAGUCAAUCUAAUCAAUCAGUAAUAUUCCAUUUAUUCCAAUUAGCCAAUGGUAAUUAUACCAUCUUAGUUGUGCGGGGUGAUUAUUUUCCUACAACGUUUCGUAGCUAUAAGUAUUAUAGUUCUAAGUCAUUACCUCAUGUAAUUAAUGUGAACUUACUUGUUACGUAGUGUUAAGAUCAAGCCAACACAACAUAUGAAAUUGUCUCUAUAUAUUAAGGAAAAACCCCUACUAUACUAUAAACUUCUCGA